AUGAUCGUUCUCAUCAUCAUUGGCUGUUUUGUCUGGCUCUUAGUGUGCCGUAAGAAGGAAGAAGAGGAAGAACAACCAUUGGAAGAUUAUUUUGGAACUCCGGGAAUUACUGGCACUGGGGGGACUGCAAAGACAACGACUGAGGUUACUGAAGAGAGGCCGACUAUUGGUGACACCCAAAACAAGACAGGAUAUUUCGACAAAGCUUCAGAGGACUACGAUAAUACGUUUAAACGAGACGGGACUUGAACGGACGGAAAAGAAGGAAGAGGGGACGUCGACGAGGAAGAAGUGAAGUGUAUAGAAGAAUAAAUUUUGUGUGAUACUCUAAUUUUAAUAUUCACCCUUAUCCCUAAAUAUUAUAAGUCUCCUAUACUUUUACCCUUUUCGAGUGUAAAUAUUACCUUCUCAACCCUUCCCUUCUCAAUUUUGUUUAUUUGUAUGGUGUUUGUUUGUGGGUAAACUUGUCUUAUUUUUAGUUGGAUUUGUGACUUAAAUAAAAGGAAUUUUUUUGUCUGAUCCUCGAAAUUUUUUGUUCUA